GCCCCCGCGGGGCUGUCCGCGGCCGCGCCAGGCUCCACCUGCAGUGCAGCGGGUCCUGACAGUCCCCGACCCCGGCCUGCGCUGCGGUGUAGACUCAGGCUUUGGGAAUUCAGCUGCGGGCCGAGGCCCACCGUUUGAUGAGGAGCAGUCGCGGUAGGCGGUGGGCAAGGCUGCCCUGGGCGCAGGCCGAGUCGUGGCUCGGGCUCCAGCAUGGCGACGGCGGUGCGCGCUGUGGGCUGCCUCCCUGCGCUAUGCACCGAGACGGCGGGUGAGAGCUGGGACGCCCGGGAGCAGGGGCUCUGAGCGGGCCGGGAGCUGGGGGUUCGCCUGGGGCCUGCAGAAGCCUGGGCGGAGGGAAGCGAGAAGCCGCGGCCCGGUUCUUCACGCCAUGCUCCCACCUUAUGCAGACCCGCUGUGUGACCUUGCCCGCGUCCUCUCCCUCUCUGGGUCGCGGAGCUCUUGUCUGUAAAAUGAGGGGGAACUGGACGUCGUUCUCCGGGGUUCUUUCCUUCGCAAAACCGCUUGAUCGUGCUGGGCGAAGAGGAGCGGGAACUGGCCGGUAUCGCCUUUGGGGUCAUUUGUUGGGGAGACAGCUUUCCCUAAACACCUUACCAACAGCUUCCAUUUUGGCAUGGAAGACUGCUCUCAGCAAUGGCCCUUUGUCAUCACUGGGAACCAGAGACACCCAUCCUUACGCCAGCUUGAGCCGUGCGCUGCAGACACAAUGCUGUGUUUCUUCUUCCAGUCACCUGAUGGGCCAGCAGUAUAGACCAUAUAGUUUCUUCACUAAAUUGACUGCAAGUGAGCUGUGGAAAGGUGCUUUAGCAGAGACUGGUGCUGGAACAAGAAAAGGAAGAGGCAAAAGAACUAAAAAGAAGAAAAGAAAGGAUUUGAACAGGGGUCAGAUCAUUGGUGAAGGGCAUCAUGGUUUUCUGUGGCCUGGUCUGAAUGUUCCUCUUAUGAAAAAUGGAGCAGUGCAGACCAUUGCCCAAAGAAGCAAGGAAGAACAGGAGAAGGUGGAGGCGGACAUGAUCCAGCAGAGAGAAGAGUGGGACCGAAGGAGGAAGAUGAAGGUUAAACGGGAGCGAGGAUGGAGUGGAAGGUCAUGGGGAGGCCUCAGUCUUGGACCCCCUGACCCUGGUCCUAAUGGAGAAACAUACGAGGAUUUUGAUACCAGAAUACUUGAGGUAAGAAAUGUUUUCAGUAUGACAGCGAAAGAGGGAAGAAAGAAAUCGGUCCGUGUCCUGGUGGCUGUGGGGAAUGGAAGAGGAGCUGCAGGUUUUGCUCUUGGGAAAGCCGCUGACCGGUUCGAUGCUUUGAGGAAGGCAAAGAACAGAGCAGUUCACUAUUUGCAUUAUAUAGAACGAUAUGAAGACCAUACAAUAUUCCAUGAUAUUUCAUUAAGAUAUAAAAGGACACAUAUCAAGAUGAAGAAACAACCCAAAGGUUAUGGCCUCCACUGCCACAGGGCCAUCAUUACCAUCUGCCGGCUCAUUGGCAUCAAAGACAUGUAUGCCAAGGUCUCUGGGUCCCUCAAUAUGCUCAACCUCACCCGGGGACUCUUCCAUGGGCUCUCCAGACAGGAAACCCAUCAACAGCUGGCUGAUAAGAAGGGCCUCCAUGUUGUGGAAAUCCGGGAGGAAUGUGGUCCUCUGCCCAUUGUGGUUGCCUCCCCGCGGGGGGCACUGAGUAAGGAUCCAGAACCAGAAGAUGAAGUUCCAGACAUCAAACUGGACUGGCAAGAUGUGAAGACUGCGCAGGGAAUUAAAGGCUCUGUGUGGUCUAAUUUAAAGAGAGGUGCCAUGUAACCUUUCUGGCUUUGUGCAGCCAGUGCCUGUGCUGCCCCAUACCUAGGAGAGACUCAGCUCCUCACAGCUUGGGGUGUUGCCUUGUUUUUUGUUUGUUUUGAGGAAAGUUUAAACUGUUGAGAAAUAAAUAAUUACAGCUUUC